GAGCACUUCCAGGGCGCGCUGCAGCUGAGAAAGAUGACAGGCGACGGCAACUGCCUCUUUCACGCCCUCGGAGAUAGAGAUGGAGACGACGCAGUGAGCCUCCGGAACGAGAUCAUCGCCUACCUCGAAGAAGCAGCAAAAGACCAGGAGGAAGAGCAGGAAGAAGCAUGGCUCGACGAGGCCGCAUACCUCCAAAACGACCCCAGCGCUUGGGGAGGCGACACUGCCAUAGUGGCCUUCACGUUGAUGAGACGGCAGAGAGUGAUGCUGCACUGGCGCACCGAAGACGGGCGAAUCCAUACGGAUGAGCGCACCCACCUGGACAUUGCGGAGGACCUCCAGGCCGCAGGCCAGGAAGUAAUUCACCUAUGGUACAACGGAAGGGACCACUACGACCUGCUGCUUCCCAGCCAAGCAGCACCGCCCACGGCGUCGCCCGCAGGACCGUCAAGCCGUGCAGCUCCAACGCCGCCGCCACCUGCGCCUCAUCCAGAGCCGCGACCGCCCAAGCGCAGCAAAACCGCAACCCAGGAACCCCAGGCAAGCCAGGCGAAGGCCGGCAGGCCCAGUCCAGCGCCGUUCAACUCAGCCGCAGCAGCCGCCGAUGGAGCCGCAGAUGGA